UGGGGGCAUAAACUGCAGUGACUUUCCCCUACCGGUGGGAGCCAGCAAUGCAGUACAUUGUGCGUAGUGUGACGGAAAGAAGAAGAAGAAGAAGAAGUAAACCGAGAGUAGAAGAAGAGUAAGAAGCGAGCGAUAAGAGAAACAGAGGAGACAAGCUGUUCUGGCUCAGUCGAUAACACAUUGUGACUAAAACUACAGAGGACCAUGCUGAGGGCUUGUCUGAGAGGAGCUAAUGCUACAGCCUGGAAGAACUGUGGGAGAACCCCUCUAAACAAUCUGCAACACUGCCGACAUUACACAGCAGGAGAAACCAGUGGUGCUGCUAAAGUGGUUGCCGCUGGCCUGGUGACAGUAGGUGGUGGCAUUGGAGGUACGAUACUUUACGCCAAAUGGGACCACAAAUUCAGAGCCGCCAUAGAGAACAAUGUUCCAUACUCCGACUGGCUGUUGGGUCUGGCUUUGGGACCUGUAUCACAGGAUGGUGGCCUCCCAGUCAAGAAACAGAUGGAGAUGGCCCAGGCACCCUCUAUGAUGGAAAAACAGGUGAAGACAUCCAAAGCCAAGUCAGAGAAAAGGGUGAAGGAGGAUGCAGUGAGUCCUGCCCCAACACAGCCUGCACAGAGCUUAGAGGAGGCUUCAGCAGAGGCAACUCAUAUCAUCUCCGCCAUCAGUGAGGUCCCAUCAGUCCCUGCUCCAUGUGAUACAGAGGCACCAACAGUAAAAGAGGAGUGCAAGGAUUGCCAUCACCAUCAGGAUACCCCAGAGACAGCAGUUUACCCUGACACAGAGUCACCUACAGCAUCAGAACCAAUGAGAGAGCGUCCAGUGGAAGAAGUGGCUGCUAUACUGGCUCAACAAGACAAGGAUGAGCAGGAAAUUGUUGCAUCUGUAUCAGCUAGUCUCGAAGACUCACUGGCUAGCUCAGCUAAAGCAACCCUGCAGGCCAUUGGAGCUCAGGAGGCAGCGCUGCAGACCAUCUCACAGCACACACACAAACUGAAGGAGGCUAUGGAAGCAGAGGUUCCACCUCAGGAGAAGUCAGCCCAGUGGAAGGAUCUAGAAGCUGCUCUUGCUGAUAGAACUUGUGCUAUGAAUGAUGCUGGAACUGCUCUGUUGAAAGCCAAUGAAGCCUUGGACAGUCUCAAGUCAGUGAUUGAUAAGUCUAAAGGACUGAAGGUCACUGCUGUUCGCCCACUGGUUUUAGCAGCAGAGGAGAAUCUCCAUAAAAUGGUGGUGGACUUGGAUAAGGUGGUCACUAAGGUGCAGUCUGCUGAGUCAGAAGCCAAGAUUGUCUCCCAGUACAGUGAACUGGUUAAUGAAGCCAAACAUCAGUUUCAGAGGGAAGUGAGCAGCCUUACUCCAGAGAUCCAGGCCAACUGGAAGGGACUCACUGGGAAACUGUCAUCAGACGACUUGAAUGCCCUCAUUGCCCAUGCACACCGUCGCAUUGAUCAGCUGAAUCGAGAGCUGGCAGAACAGAGAGUCAGAGAGCAGAUCCACAUUGAUGCAGCACUGGUGCAGCAGAAGCUGGAGGACCAGAAAGCCCUGGAGAAAGCCGUCAACACCACCCUGCAGCAUGUCAAGGAGGAGGCCCGGCUGGAGCAGGAGCAGAAGGUACGGAAGGGAGAGAAAGUGGUUCAAGGUUUGCUGACUAUCACCUCCCUAUCAGGAUUUAUUCAAUCUAUAGUACAUACACAGAGCAUAAUUCAGAGACAUCAUGCGGAAUAUGAGGCAGAUCUAUCCCGCAGGUUUCUGGGGAACAAAACACGGUUCCCACAAGUUAUAAGUUGGUGACUGGAGAAAAAAAAAAUCCUUUUUAACUGCCUAAACAUCUUCCUGUCUUUUGUAGGUCAUGUGGUAGCAGAGGAGGAGGCCCGUAAAGCUCACCAGCUCUGGCUCUCUGUGGAGGCACUCAGCUACACUCUGAAGACUGCUGAUGCUGAAUUGCCAACUGUUCCUCUUGACGGUGCCGCGCAGGUCGUGCGAAACAGCUGCCACGACAAUGAGUUUGCCUUGGCAUUGGCAACGGCUCUUCCAGAAGAAUCCCUUCAGCGAGGCGUGUACAGCGAGUCUGCCCUCCGCGCACGCUUCAACUCUUUGCGAUCACUGGCCCGCCAGGUCGCCCUCAUCGACGAAUCUCAUAACUCCUUGUACCACUAUUUCUUGUCCUACCUUCAAGCUGCUCUCUUGUUUGAGGCUAAACAGGAAGCCCCGCCCGCCCAGCUGAGUAGUGAGAAUUUAGAUUCUUUCAAGCUUCUGUCAUAUGCAAGUUACUGCUUAGAGCAUGGGGAUCUUGAGUUAGCAGCUAAACUGGUAAACCAGUUGAAAGGCGAGGCUAGGAGAGUGGUGGAGGAUUGGCUGACUGAAGCCAGACUCACACUAGAAACCAGGCAGGUAAUCAGUUUGCUCUCUGCCUAUGCAAAUGCUGUGGGGUUAGGAACCACCCAGGCUCCAUAGGCUGCCACUCUCACUGACCCUUUCAAUCUUUAAAGGCACAAUCCACUGAAACUCUGUCUUUAGAGGAUCAUGUAGUUGCUGUAGAUUUGAGAGAUUUUCAGUGGUGUAUUCCUUUAAUCGACCGAUGUUAAGAUGCAGCAUAGAUUUAUUUGAAAGCACUAAGUCACUAUGGAUGAUUUAUUGUAUAAUUUAAUUGCUACACCCUCUUAUUCAAAUAGUCUUGCCAGUUCAGGCCUAAAGGUAUAUAUUUCCGGAUAAUUGUUGUGUCAUUAAACCUAACUGAUUAAAGAAUGUGUCUAACUGCAUUUAAUUGUUCUCACCCCUGCAAAUGUUACAAUAAAUCUCUAUUAAAAGUUG